GGAAGAGGAGUGGCAGGGGAAAGGGGAAAUCUUCAACAAUGACUUCAUUAACAUGAUGCCCAACAUGACCAGUGCAACUGGACCUCACUGCUCCUUUACAACACUGGAUUUAUGCCUUUUAUCUGUGGAUUUAAUAUUUAAAACAUCUCAGAGUCUGAUUCUUUGCCACCUCUCAUCACUUGUCAUGGAAGUUUGCUAAAGUUUCCUGCAUCCAUCACUUCAGACCUCAGAAGAAUGUUGAUCACAAAGAUUGAAGCCAAGGAGGCCUGUGAUUGGCUGCGAGCAGCCGGCUUCCCUCAGUAUGUGCAGUUAUUCAAAGACUGCAGGUUCCCCAUCGACAUCGAGUGGGCGAAGCGAGAUCACCACUUCCUGGAUAAGGAUGCCCUUGAUUCACUGUGCAGGAGAUUAAGCACUUUAAACAAAUGCGUGGAAAUGAGGCUGGAGCUGCGCAGAUCAAAACGCAGGGUAGACGACUGUGACGAAGAAGACUUUUGUGCCAUCAGCCCCAACUGGACCUACGACAGGCGGACACGGAGAUGGCGUCGCGUCGACUCCACAGUGGACAUCCUCCCUCUGUCCGACAGCCCCAUCGGACCUCAGGACGUCUCUAUGUGUGAGGUCAGCGACUGCCACGAUGUCUGCUCCAUCCACAGCUCCAGCAGCACCGACAGUGAAGGCCAAGACGGACAUUGCAAGAGUCGCAGAGACGUUGCUGUCAGUGCAGCCACCUCCACAACUACAACAACCUCCAACAACACUGACGACCAGGAGACCAGCAGGAGCUCCUCCCGCUGCUCCUCCACAAAUAAGACGCCGUCCCUGGACACCUCAUUCAGUGGACCCCCUUCCCCUGGUGAAAGUGGUGGAGGAUCAUCUGCCAUGAUGCUGGAGGUUGAAGGCUGCUUCCCAGACAAGCCGCCCAGGAGGAAGGGCACCAGUUUGCUGAAGAAGAUGGAGAAACUGAAGCUGAGGAGCACAACUGGCCUCCUUCUUUCUCACAGUGGUGUCAGUGACAGGCAGACAGGCAGGCCUGUUCUGAUCCAGGAGGAGCGGAUGGAGAACGUGCAGAGUCCAUCAAGUCUGCAGGUUCAUCCCAACAGCUGUGCGUCUUCCUCGCCCUCAUCUCCUCACACCAUCAGCAGCAGCAGCAGUAACAACCACUCAGAGAGCAGCAGCACCGUCAGCACACCCAGUCCGGUCACCCGGGUCAGGAGUAACUGCAAACGCUCCAACAGCGGAGUCGGGGUCGGCGGAGGAACGGGUCGGAACAAGCAGAACUACACAGGAACAGCGGAGGACUUCAGGAACCAGAUCAACAACAACAACAACAGCAUCUAUGAGAGUCUGGUCUUCCAAAUCCCCCAUGGACACAAACCGGGGACGUUUCCCACUUCCCUCGCACACAAACACACCAUCCUGUCCCCCAUCAUCGACAACACCUCCGUCAACUGGAGGACCGGGAGCUUCCAUGGUUACCGGGGACGACACAGUUGCCACCGUGGCACAUCAUCACUGGCCACUGGCGACCGGGACCUCUUGUCUUCCUCUUCCUGUGAUGUCCCCAGCCCGCGUGCUGCACUUGAUCAUCGGCUGAGUAUUUACGACAACGUGCCCGACAACCUGCAGCUGUCUGGAAGUGAGGGGGGCAGUGGUGAAAGUGUCAGUGAUGCAGAACGGACGGGUGAGGAGUCAGAGGUGAGUCGGCUGCUGGCAGAUGAAGAUGUCUUCUCAGCUCUGGACAGCGUUUUGGAAAGCAUCAGUGACCUCCAGCAACUGGUUUCCUCCUGGUCUGAAAACCUGUCCGAGGAUGACUGUCAGAGAGGUUCCUCCUCUACUUCCUCUUCGUCUUCCUCUUCUUCCUCCACCCAGGACUCACCUGCCCACGGCUCCUCAGCCACCUCCCCCUGCCCCUCCUCCCCCAGCCACAUCCAUCUGGAGGUGCAGCAUCGGGAGGAGAUGGAGGAGGAAGAGGAGGAAGAAGAGGAAGAGAGCCCUGAGAAGCUACCAGUGAAUGAAGAAAAGUCAAAGACAAGAUCGCCACAACCCAGGAGCAGCAGAGUGAGCCGGCAGCUACACUGGUCCAGUGAGCAGAGCCUGCCUUCCCUGCCCACCAGUCCAGGAGUGGAGAACCAGUCUGUCUCCCAGUUCCUCCUGCUGCAGAAACUCGCUCUGCUGAAACUCACCGCUCUGAUGGACAAAUACUCCCCGUCCAGCAAGCAGGGCUGGAACUGGACUGUUCCUAAACCACUAAGGAAGACCAAAGCGAUGGAGAUAAAAGGCCGGCGGGUCUUUGGAGUUCCUCUGCUCUUCAGUGUCCAGCGGACUGGGGAGCCACUUCCUCCCAGCAUCCUCAGAGCACUGGUCUACCUGAGAGCUGAGUGUUUGGACCAGGUGGGUCUUUUCCGGAAGUCGGGGGUCAAGUCUCGCAUCCAAUACCUCCGUGAGCUGGUGGAGUCUGACCCAGAUGGCAUCUCAUACGACAGUCACUCUGCUUUCGAUGUGGCCGACAUGGUGAAGCAGUACUUUAGAGACUUGCCUGAACCCAUCUUCACCAGCAAGCUCUGCGAGUCCUUCCUCCACAUUUACCAAUAUUUUCCCAAGGAUCAACAGCUGGUUGCGGCUCAGGCGGCCAUCUUGCUGCUUCCUGACGAGAACAGGGAGGCCCUGCGAACACUGCUGUUCUUCCUGCGGGACGUGGUGGCCUGUGUGGAUGAAAACCAAAUGACUCCAACCAACAUUGCAGUUUGUUUGGCGCCAUCGCUUUUCCACCUCAACACCCUGAAGAGAGACGCCAAUGCACCCAGGUCGAGUCACAGGAAGUACAGCCUGGGCCGCCCAGAUCAGCGGGACCUGAGCGAGAACCUGGCAGCCACCCAGGGCCUGGCCAACAUGAUCACUGAGGCCCAGAGACUCUUCCAGCUUCCAGAGUUUUGGCCAGGUCAAGGUUUAAGUGCUGCAGGCCCCCCUGAAGACUCCCCCUCUGAGGAAGGAGGAGGCCCGGUGUCCUCCAUUCAAAGUGGAGGCGAGGAGGAGCAUCAAGAGAGAAGGAGCAAACUGCAGCAGAGCACCCAGCACCUCCUGAAGGAGACCAGAGAGAAGAGCCGAGGCUGGGAGAGCCACCCAGCUCCGGAGCACGUGGAGCUGGCCUUCAAGAAGAUGGACGACGGCUGCCCGCUGUGGAUGUGGCGCGGCUCUGUGGAGGUGGAGGCCCCGCAGAAGGAGCUGCUCCACCGGCUGCUGAGGGAGCAGGAGCUGUGGGAGGGAAACCUACGUCAGGCCGCCGUCGUCCAGACCUUGUCCAAGGACACCGACGUCUACCGCUACCUCCUACAGGAUCAGGGCUGUGGCCUGGGCUCCCGGCCCCCACAGGAGCACCUGCUGCUCAGGACCUGGCAGGCAGACCCAUCCUGCGGCCCUCUGUACCUGUCCUCGGUCUCCACGGAGCACCCCGAGGUGCUGUUGGAGGGGGUUCGGGCCCACGUCCACUCCUGCCUCUACCUGCUGGAGCCCACCGGAGCCAGGAAGACCCGACUGACGCACCUCUGCCGAACAGAUACCAGGGGCCGGUCGCAGGAGUGGCACUGCAAAGUGAGCGGACAUCUUCUGGCCUCUGGACUCCUGGCGAUCCGGGACUCCUUCAGAGCACACUACAAAGAGACCAAGAUAUGAGCGAGUGAGGACGUGGCUUGAUUUACACCAACCUGGAUCACUCACCCUCAGCUUUGGGUCUGGUUAAACGGCAUCCCUUCUCACCUCACUGCUGGGAAAAGAAAACGACAGCAUCGUUUUCGCAGGACUUUGUCCAAGUUUUAAAAGUGAAACUAGGGGCCCGGAGCUCAGCGAGCGGGGAAGGUGACCUGCGAUGGCUUCCCCAAACCAUUUGUGUCUCUUUGGCUUCUUUUUGACUUACUGCAUGUGUUUACUUUUUUUUUUUUUUUGCCAGUGACCUUGCAGAUUGCCAGCAGCACCUCUGCACUCCCUGCUGCGUCUGUUACGCUUCACACUCGAGCUCACAAAAAAAAUGCAAACCAUGGCGAGCUUUGAAAGAGGACGUUUUGAUGGGAGGAUGAAAAGCUGGAGCCUGGUUUGACUUCUGAUCAACAAGGUUGACAUGGACAGUGUAGUUAAAUUUGUAUAAAAUAUGCUAUAGAGAAAGAAAACCAUGAAUUUUAGGUUAUUAUUUAGGUCAUUGUUCUCCACCGAAUUCAACUUUAGAGAACGAGGCAGAGGAAACACAUGGCAGCUGCAAGGACGGACACAGGAAAAGGGCAGAGGACACUAGGAAACAGACUUUUAGCUGCCAGAUGUGUGGCUUCAGUGGAAAGUGAAGAAGGGGAGAGGACAGAGCGGAUGCUGAACAGACAGGAGGACGACAGAAGCUGAACUAACCCAACAACCAGGCUGAUCUCAAAGGCAGCGCAGCCACUCCAUGAUGGGAUGCCGUAUCCAUUGUGUUGCCACGACGACAGCUUCUGGGCACAAACACCACGCUCGUACCAGAGGGAGCUGCCUCACCUGUAACUGAAAGCAGACAGAGACACUUUGGUUUUGAUUUGUGUGCGUCAUUCUGUACCAAAGCCCGAUGAACUGAACUGAACAGAACUUCUGAGGCGAAAUAAAAUCCCUCAGAGAUUUUUUUUUCUUGAGAAAUUUCCCUUUCAACUUGUGACAGGGCAGCAGGAUCGAGCUGUGACGAGGAAUUAGCACAAGGCCACACACUGUCAGCGUCUCUUUGUCCCGACUGAGUGACUGUUCUUGCCUUUUAAUUCGUCCCUGUGACUUCGUCCUGCUCUCUAACAGGACACACGUGCGUGACAGUUGAGCGAUAUCUACCUCUCCGCAGGACGACGCCACCGUUGCGUGACUUUGAAGGCGAGCCUUUUGUGUGCUUCCUGGCACUGUGACGGAUAUCCGAACAGACGACUUUCCCCCUCGACUUCCUGAAUUUUUUAACGUUUGUAUUUAUUCUUGCCUGUCAAGAGUGUGAUGUACAGUCUUAUUUCAUGAAUGAUACUUCGCUGUCCUACAUUUUUAAGCAUCACUGUUGUGACGCAGGACUGGUGUGUGCACUUCGUCCGUAUUUCAGAUUAUUUAACUUAUGUCUAUCUAAAUACAAAUCUCAUAUCUAAAUACAAAUCUUUAUUUAAUUUGUGAAAAUGUUACCUUGUUUGUUUGUGCGUGUGAAAUCUAAAUUUGUCAGUGCCAAACACUUAAUUAAAAUGUUUAUUUCUCUCC